ACCAUACGAAUUAAAUGAACAUGGAAUUGAAAAACAAUUCGCAACAAAUUAUAUAGGUCAUUUUGUUUUAACUAAGACCCUUUUACCAGUUAUCGAAGCAUCAACGCCUUCGCGCAUUGUGAACGUUUCCAGUUUAUCCUAUAAAAGUGCUCCAAAAACCGGGAUAAAUUUUGACGAUAUCAACCUUGAGAAAGAAGACGCAGUGACUCGAUAUG